UCCUGGUUUUAACAUUUAUUUGACAGCAAAAAUUCUCUGUUGAAAAUGUUUGAUAGGAAGUCUGUAGUAUUGGAUGAUGUAGUUAUCUGCAGUGCCAUUCUAACUUGGCACUCAGCAAUGUAUUCAUUUGGGAAAUUCAGUCAUAAUUCCCUGUUUCUAAUUAUUACGUCUGUGGUGGAAUCCAAGUUGUUUGAAAGGCACGAUUAAAAUAAAUGAUUCGGCGUUAGCUGUUUGAUUACAACACCUUGGUUAGUGGCAGUGUUUUCUUUUGAUUCUAGGUUUAAUAGUAAUUAUGCCAACAGUGUGAUAAGGAAUGAUUGACAGCUCUCCAGGUUCUGUGCCUAUGUUCUAAUGUUCUAAGCUUUGUGUUCUCCUGAUUCCCAGGUCCAUGAUGUCAAGUUCCAGGCUCAGAACCUGGAGGAGAAGGAGGCUUGGAUUAAGGCCUUUAGUGACGGCAUCAACAGAGCAAAGAAUAAGAUAUUUGACGAGGUGAAGUGUUUUCCCUAAUGCUAAAAAGCAUGUUUCGGAACCGGUGUGGUAUAAGCAUAGCCUGGUCCCAGAUCGGUUUGUGUUGUCUUGCCAACUCCAAUGGUCAUUCCAAACAUGAUCUGGGACCAGGCUAGUAUAAGCACUGUCUUUAUUACAAUCCCAGGGACAAUACAUGUUUGGAACCCCUAGAAAGCAGUGUUUGUAACUGUUUGACACUAGUGUACCAGCGCUCCAAUAUGAAACCUUUCCUCUAUUGUCUCUUCUGACAUUGGUGCCAACUGUAAGAAUGUUUCAAAAAUACAUCUGGGCCUUAUUCUCCUCCUAAAAUAGACAAAUAUAUUUAGUUAAUUGUUGUUUUCCCAGGUGAAGAUAGAUGAGACCAGUCAUUUGGAGCAUGCCACACGCACAAGGCCGAAAGGAAACCGUAACAGAAGACCACCCACCAGGAUACACAUGAAAGAGGUGUGUGUGUGUGUGUGUGUGUUUUAUCUGCAACAUAGUGCUUAGUGCUAGUGUGUCAUGCUGCUAAAUGCAUAAUGUGUUUAUAGAAUUCAUUGGAAUAAGGGAAUUAUUAAAUUCAAUCAAUUGAAUGUUGUCUCUUAAACCCCUCCCCUCAUCUUCCAGGUUGCCAACGUCUCAUCAGAUGGGAUUCUCCGGCAUGACCUGGACGCGGUGGACGCCAGCAUCCCCAACGGGACACACCACAUCACCACAGGUACCACUGAGACUCCCCAAAAGGCUGUGAAGCCCCCCAUGCCCCCCACGUCCAAACCCAGCGAGGCCCCAGAAGAGUGUCUGACCACCCAGAGCCCUGACGAAGGUCUGCCGUCUGAAAAGGAGCCCAGUCCCCAGAAGGUUCUGAAGCCCCCCAUGCCACCCUCCAAAGAGGCCGAGACGGCUGCUGCUUCUGCUGGGGACCAACUCCCUGAUGAGACUAGCACUGACAGCAGCCCAGAGAAAAAGGUUGAAUUUUUAACACAGUAUAGUACAUAUUCUGUUUCACAUGCACUCACAUGCGUAUCAGUGGAGGCUGCUGAGGGGAGGACGGCUCAUAAUAAUGUCUGGAACGGAGCAAAUGGAAUGGUAUCAAACACCUGAAAUCCAUGUUUGCUGUAUUUGAUACCAUUCCACUGAUUCCGCUCCAGCCAUUACCACGAGCCCGUCCUCCCCAAUUAAGGUGCCACCAACCUCCUGUGGUACGUAUGUACACACGCAUCUACACACACGUCUGUGGUGAACACACGCACACACAAACACACACACUUGUCAUAUGAUAUAUGAACACGUUAUUCUUUUGUCCAGGUCCUGAAGCCUCCCAUGCCACCCUCCAAAGAGGCCAAGCCCACUGUGUCUGCCGAGGACCAACCACCUGGGGAGACCAGCCCUGAGAAAAAGGUGCAUAUCAUUUGUUGUUUUACUCUCUUCUUUCCAUUUAUUUUACAAUGUGUUGUAACAACCAUAUGAAAGAUGUUAAGUAAAUAACAUUUGAUUUGAUUUCAAGGUCCUGAAGACGCCCAUGCCGCCCUCCAAAGAGGUCAAGCCCGCUGCUCCAGCCGGAGACCAACCCCCCAGGAACACCGGUCCCGAGGGCAGCCCAGAGAAGUGCUCCGAGGCUGGGGUCGAGUCGGCACCACCGCCCACCCCUCCGAGCAAACCCAUCGGGGGCUCCACAGACAACCUGGCUGAGGCCUCCCAGUCCAGCCAGGAACCCAGGCCGCCCACCCCACCAUCCAAAGACAAGAAGCCCACUCAGACAGCCAUGCAGGAGGGUACAGAGGUGGCUAGUGGAAGCAGGAAGAAAGAUGAAGAGGAGGAGGAUGAGGUAGAGGAGAAGGAGGAAGAGGGUUCUGAAACGAAUGCAUCUGACGUUCAACAAAGCAGUAUCCCUGAGGGGGCUGAGGAUGAGGAGGAGUCUUCUUCCUCUCAGCUUACAACACUCAUGACCCCCCUAGAGGUAAAAGUUGAACCCCCUGUGACUUACCACCCAGAGGUCACCACCACCACCAUAGAAGAAGAGACGCAGAAAGUUGUUGAGCCAAUGGCUCAAGAACAAGAGUCUGCCGCUAGUGGUGGAGUGGAUAUAUCACCCAAUGAAGAACCUCAGACAAUGAAGUCUUCCCAACUCACAGUAACGCCGUCAGUUCAGACACCGGAGCCAAUCAAAAAGAGCCCUGGCCCUCCCGGACCUCCCACAAAGAAGAAGCCCGUCAUCCUCCCUCCUCCCAAAGCAGUGGUGGUGACUCAAGAUGUCCACCUAAGCAAGCCUAAGAAUCAAGAGACAGACGAAACCAAGAACGUCAUCAUCACCACCACACCAGAAGAGAAACUCAACCCUAUCACUUCACCACCACCAGCCGCGGUGACCACAAUCAGUCCGACUGAAGAAACAGAGGACCUAAAAGUUCCUGUGGUCGUAGAGACUAAGUCCGAGUUCCCAGUUGUAGUUCUCUCUCUGAGUGACCCUGAACCAGACAGCUCCUGCUCCAGUCCCGUGUCCUGCCACCUCUCCCCGGAAAAGAAGAGUGAGCGUGAGGAGGAAAAGUCAGUGGACAGCGGCCAACACUCGGACAUCGAUGACAACGAAGAGGGGUCAGAGAGCCGGGACACUUUGGCGGCCUCCACCGCCGCCCUUAUGGGCAGCCAAGCUGGCCUGAACGCACUGAUGGACGAGAGUGAAGACGGAGACACGGAGACCCCCGACAGCCUGGGACUCAGCACUGAUGAUGUGGAGGACUCCCUUUCUACGACCCAGAUCCCCCAGGACAAACCCUCCGGCCAGGCCUCCCAUCGUCCCCCCAUCCCCUUCAAACCCUUAGCCAAGCUCAUGUCCGCCUCUUUGGGGGAUCUCCUCUCUGAGGCCUCAUUGGGUGAAAACAUGAAACAGCCAAUCACAGACGUGGCCGUGACAAAGGCUGCCGGUCCUCAAGACUUAACAGACCUUGAAAAUGAAGUGGCCCUGGAGCUGGAAAAGACAGGGGAGCUCCUGGGGAGCGUCGUCCCCAUAGGGAGCACCGAGGUUGGGCAGAGCUCGGCCCUAGCGGGGGGCGAUGGCCUGGAGGACAGGUCGCCGGAGGAACUGCUAACCAGAGCCAUGGAGAAGCUGAGGAAAGCGGACCAGUUCCUCAGGCAGGCCAAGAGUAUGAAAGACUCGAAACAUUCUGAGAAUACGGCCAAGAGAAACAGCUGGUGAUUGUUAAAUAUGAAGGAGAAGUAGGGAAAAUGUAUUGAUUAAUGGUGAUGGAAAGUAGCAGCUUGGAAGGACGACAGGUGUUUUCUUAUUCUGGCUGAUUAUGCAGCGUAUGUAUGCAAGUGUUCUGCUGAGAUUUAGCUAAGUGCAAUUUUUUCCACUUUCACUUUUCUCCUGCAAAUGAAGGUUAAUUGUACUUUUUGUACUUUUGAAAUUGUUUUUACAUUCCACAUUGAUCAUAAUCACUUUCCCAAGGAUAUUUACUUGAAUACUUACAACCCCCGAUCAAACUUUUUAAUGAUACGUUCAAGGAUGUCACAAAAUGUCUUAGGGGGUGUCGGAAGUGCCUGCAACUUUUUGUAAUCCAAGUUUUGAAUGGAAACAGAUUGGUUUCCUCUGUAGUCCUCCUUGCCAAUCAAACUAUGAUGAACUUUGAAGUAAUCGUGUAUGAGGUGGGUUGGGUUUUUAUGUAGUUCAUGAAAAUAUACGUUUCUUGAGAAUACAUUUGUCUUGAAUAACUACUUUCCAAGUGUUAAAAGAAUAUUCAGGGAUUUUAUAAAAUGUCUGCGACAAGCUCUGCCAGUCCAAAUCUCAAUGGCAAGAUGUACAUCAAAUUUGACACCACACCUAUUUUACAAGCAUCCCUUCUUCUGAGGACUAAAGGCCCCAUUUAUUAAGCAUUUGCACUUUGCACCAGGUCCUGAAGUUUACCAGAGGGAAUUGGACAUAAAAGGUUGAAUGAAAAGGUAAGAAUAAAGGUUCUGAAAAUGAAUAAUUUAUCAAGGUUAAUUAUAAAUGAAGAGAAAACAAAGUAUAAAUGAAGACAGUUUGCUGUUUUAGCUUUAGUGUUUCAUCCAAUAAAAACAGGUGCAAACUUUUCACCAGGCCCAAAUGCAUAGCAAAUAUGGCCUUAACUUUGUUCUGGCAAAUACCUAUGCAGGCUUGGUUUAUUCACCAUUUCACAAUAGGUUUCAGAAUGCACAUUGCAAAGAGGAACUACACUCUUAGAAAAAAAGGUGC